AUGAGUCAGGGUGGUACUGGUCCUUCAAGUGGUAGGGGGAGAGCUAGAGGGAGUGGUUGGAGAGGUGGAUUCAGGGGAUCCCGUGGCAGUUACAGAGGUUGGAGGAGAGGAACUGGUUACCAUGGCAACCGCGAGACCUCGAAUGGUGCUCUUGGUACUUCAAGUUAUCAGCCUCGACUGGUACAAACCAGCUUAGUCAGCUGCCCAUACCCAAGAUGGAACACAUACCUACCAUAUGAGGAUUACUCUGAGAGCUCCCCAGCAGUGUUUGUCAUUAAAACAUUCGUGGGAUAUUUUGAGUCACAUUUAGUUGAGUAUAACAUAGAUGAAAUAGAGGCGACAGGCUCCCUUCCACUAGACUACUCCACACUACUCUCUGAUGCUACUGUGCAACGCUUAAGGAGUAACAUUGCUGAAGAUAUCAUCAACCAUCCUGAAAGGACAUUAAACUCAGUUGCUCUGGCUCUUCAUACUUUGUUGUCAAGAUCUCUCAGUGGUGAAUCAGACAAGAACAUUGAUAGUGAGGAGGCUUCGUUUGAUCGGCCACGGUUCUACAUUAGACUUUUCAACUUUGAACCUGUUCUCCCACUGAAGCAUCUAAAAGCUUCUCAAUACGGAAAGUGUGUGACAGUGCAAGGUACUGUUGUGAGAGUGAGUAACAUUCAGCCGCUGGUCACCACCAUGGCCUUCAGGUGCUCCCUCUGUCAAUCUACUAUCACUGUACACCUCCCUGACGGCAAAUACAAACAGCCAGCGAAGUGUUUGGACAAGGAGUGCCGUGGCAAGAUGUUUACCCCAUUGAGGAGCUCACCUCUAACCCAGACUAUAGACUGGCAAACAAUCAGAGUGCAGGAACUAGCCAGUGAUGAUCGUCGAGAGGCUGGUAGAAUCCCACGCACUGUAGAGUGUGAGCUGACUGCUGACCUGGUUGACUCUUGUGUGCCUGGAGAUAUGGUCACCAUCACAGCUAUUGUCAAGGCAACUGGGUCUGAAGAAGCUGGUAGAACAAAGUCCACCAAGGACAAAUGUAUGUUCCUACUUUACCUCAAUGCUGUAUCGGUCACUAACAACAAGACUGGAGGAGAUGCCUCCCAUGGAUUACACAUGGAGUUUUCAACAAAGGAUUACUAUGCAAUUCAAGAGAUUCACUCAGAAAAGAGUAUUUUCAAGCUGAUUGUCGGAUCUCUUUGUCCCACUAUCUACGGUCAUGAGCUGGUUAAAGCAGGACUAGUCCUGGGGCUCUUUGGAGGAGCUCAGAAGUACACAGAUUUGCUGAACAAUCUACCGAUUCGUGGUGAUCCCCACAUCCUAGUGGUAGGAGAUCCUGGUCUGGGCAAGAGUCAGAUGCUGCAGGCAGCUGCAAAUGUAGCUCCACGUGGGGUGUAUGUGUGUGGUAACACUACCACCUCCUCCGGGUUAACAGUGACCCUCAACAGAGAUGGGGGAUCAGGCAACUAUACUUUGGAGGCCGGGGCACUUGUACUAGCCGAUCAAGGAUGCUGUUGUAUUGAUGAGUUUGACAAGAUGGGCAGUCAGCAUCAAGCUCUUCUGGAAGCCAUGGAGCAGCAGAGCAUCAGUAUUGCGAAGGCGGGCAUUGUGUGCAGCCUUCCUGCUCGUACGUCCAUUUUUGCAGCUGCUAACCCAGUUGGAGGUCACUACAACAAAGCAAAGACAGUCUCAGAGAACCUGAAGAUGAACGGUGCCCUUCUCUCGCGAUUUGACCUCGUAUUCAUCCUGCUGGACAGACCAGACCAAGACCAUGACACAAGACUCUCGGAGCAUGUUAUGGCUAUGCACUCGAGAGGUCAGGGAUCACCAAUCUUACAAACUACGGCUAGGAAGACCAGUGGCGGUGGGAUUGAGAGUAGCAUCAAUGAGAGCUCCCUGCUGCUGAUGGGGGAGGAUGAUACUUUACUGCUGGAGCGACUCAAACUUAAAUCAACAGAGGACUUUGACCCUGUACCCCCUCAGCUGCUCAGAAAAUACAUUGGCUAUGCCAGAAAGUACGUCCACCCCAUCUUAAGCGAAGAGGCAGCUGAUGUCCUGCAGAAAUUCUACUUGGAAUUGCGCCAGGCGAGACAAACCAGUGACAGCACUCCCAUCACCACACGACAACUGGAGUCACUCAUCCGUCUGACCGAAGCAAGGGCUCGUCUAGAGCUCAGAGAGACAGCCUCAGGACAAGACGCUAAGGAUGUGGUGGAGGUGAUGAAGUACAGUAUGUUUGAUACGUUCAGUGAUCAGUUUGGAAUGGUGGACUUUCAAAGAUCUCAGCAUGGAUCGGGAAUGAGCCACAGGGCGAAAGCUAAAAAGUAUAUAAAUGAGUUGACUCAUGAGGCUGAGAUCAAUGCUAGCUCACUGUUCACAACCCAGCAGCUCCGAGAUGUGGCAAAGAGGAUUGGUGUGGGUAGUCAGGAAUUUGAUGACUUGAUCUGCUCUCUCAACAACCAAAACUACCUUCUGAAGAAAGGUCCUGGUCGAUACCAGCUACAAACUGCUAGCUGUUUGUGAGCAUCACUGAAUCACAUAACAUACAUGUAUCAUUUUUACACAAUAAUUAUACACACAUCAUUAUUGCUACAUGUAUUUUAAUUGACAGAAUGACUAUUACGUUUGAGGGUAAUUCUUG